AUGAAAGCUGGACCUUCGAGCGGGAUUGUAUCUGGUGGUAGAGUUAAUGUAACUAUAGCAGGGGCGGGCGGAGUCUCUAUAGAUCAAGAGACCAAAAGUCAGGUCAGUGGCUCUAUUACAGGACAGAGUGCUUCUGGCUCACAGUCUCUUCCCUCUGGAGAAAUACUGACUGGGGAGACGGAUAAGUCUGAACAAGAAAAAGCAGAGGAAGCAAAAGAUGAGGAAGCAAAAGCAGAGGAAGCAAAAGAUGAGGAAGCAAAAGCAGAGGAAGCAAAAGCAGAGGAAGCAAAAGAUGAGGAAGCAAAAGAUGAGGGAGGGAAAGAUGAGGAAGGAGGAAAAGAAGUUGACAAAAAAGGUGAUAAUGAUCUUGACGAUGCUGGCAGAAAUACAGGUGGCACUGGCACUGGAAACGGUAUUAAUCCUUCCGAAACACAAAAAACAGAGAAACAGCUUUUUCGCAUCCAUCAGUAUGAUCCAAUCAGUGGGGCAGUGCGAAGAAAACGCAUUGUCGAGCUCGAAAUUGCAGAUCUCAGUCAGGAUAAGACGCUUGGCAAGAUUCGCGAGCUUUUGAUUGCAAAAAAAGUCUUUGACAAAUUACAUAAAAACAGUUCCUUUUGUGAUACGGAUGGCACGGUAGUGUCUGAUGAUAUGGCUCUCUCCGUCUAUGAGGACCAGGUCAAGACCAGCAUCGAGGAAAACAAAGGGGAAAAUAAUGAUCAGGAUAACAAUAAAAAACAAGUGAGCGAUCUCAGUUCAAAAUCUUUAGUGGUGUUAAUAUUCAUACUUUUCCCAAAGGCCCCGACCUCCGGUACCGACAAGCAAGCAACGAAAGGGAAAGACUUAUAUUACAGGAAGCGAAGGAAAUUGGGAGAUCUGAACCAAACCGCCAAAGACUUUCUGAAUAAGGGGGUAGAUCUGAAAUUGAAGGAUCCCGCCGCUUUCUUGAAAGCAGACACUACUCUUUUGAAGUCAUCGUAUGAUGCCAGUCUGUACAGGGCCAGCGAAGGAGCAGCUCUGGCACACCCUGCCGAUCUUACUGAGCACCAGUGGAGUAUCAUCGUCCGCACAAACUGUAUCCUCAGUGGAUAUGCUAUGGUGGAGUACGAGAAACCGGGGACAGAUGGCAAGAUGACUACAGGGAUGAAAGUACAGCGUAGUCCAUAUAAUGCCUUCACCCUCAAGUCAAGAAAUGAAGAUUACGAGAUAGCAGCCCCCUCAAAGGUAGAGGGUGAGAACGAAGGGACUGAGGUGAGCAAUGGGAGCGCUGAGAACACUUAUCGUAUUCCUCGGUUCUGGGUUGACGAUGACUCGUAUGUGACCGUUAUGGAGACGAAGAAUACCCUGCAGCAAUCGAUGGCGAAGAACUCAUUCUCUGAGACAUCCGUGCAGGCCUCAGUGGGUGCCGGUUUCUGGGGAGGUUCUGGUGCUGUCAGUGGUGGAUGGGCGACUAAUAAAUCGACCCAAACUGUGGACGGCUCAGCAAAUGAGACGCACCAACUUACUAUUACAUACAACUUCCCCCGAGUGUCGGUGCUCUUGGAUAGCAAGUCUCUUGAAAUCAGCAAAGAAUGUCAGGACGAUCUCAAACAACUCAGCGAUAAAGAGAGCUACAUAAAGUUUGGCAAAGACUACGGCAAGGGAACAAUGAAUAUUUACUACAUAGGUGAAAUACUGACCAUAUCUACAGGCCAUGUCUUUGCCCAGCGAGUCGAGCUGGGCGGGCAAUUGUCGUCUUCGGAGUCUUUCAAGGCCGACAGUGGUAACAAGAUUACGGAUCAAUCAAACGCUAUGAGAGCCAAAGCUGCCGCUUCAUUUUCCUCUCCGUAUUUACAGGUAUCUGGGAGUUUUGACCAUCAAGAAGCAGGAGGGGCUAAUAGCAAUGCUUCCCACCAAAACCUCAAUAAUUCCAUGGUCUGGGAGGCCAAAGGGGGGAAUACUCUUCUUUGUAAUAACCCCCCAAGCUGGUGUGCAACAGUGGGUGACUUUUACAACUGGCGAGUGGUUCAGCAACAUGAUGUUGUUCCGCUUUACAAAGUCCUAGCUCAACUUUCUGAUGAUAAAAAUCUAGCCAGGAGAUUUGAGCUCGCUUUCAAGGGUGACUCGAAGACUAUCCGGUUCAGACUCAUUGAGCAGGAAACAAAACAGCCGCUCAAGCUCUUCGAAGAAGACCCGACCUUAUACAAGGAGCUCUCUCGGCAUCAGCAUGCUAAAGCCAUGAAGGGGCACCAAGGAGAGCGCUGGGAUCCUGGAUUUUAUAUGGAAGUCUGCAAUUUGGCUCUUGAAACCAAUGCCAGCAUACGAGUUACCUCCGACGGUGAUGGGAUUGAUACUUGGGAGACCCAAAUAUUGAAAGAUCCUAGCAGCGGGGACAAGAUAUACCUUGGCAAAUCUCUUUCCAUCCAGUCAUCCGGAGACACCAGGUAUCUGGGCUUCUCCCAUUCUCUCCUCGACAAGGACUGUGAAGGAGACCAACUUCCGUACUACCUGGCUCUGCAGGACCGAAGGGUUCAAUUCGUGUUUCAGACAUGCGGACGUCCCAAGAAGAAGGGGCCUAUUGGGCCCAACACUGAGUUCGAGAUUGUUGUGGUAGAUCCUAAUACGAAUACGAACCUUGGUCUUCUGACGGAAACAAAGAGCAACAACGGCCUUGUCGGCAUUGAACCCUGGGAACCGAUUCAUAAGAACAAAAGCUUGGCCUUCAAGAUGGAGGUUGUUGGGGUGGUUGAUCAAUCAACUAACUAA